AUGUGCCGGCACCCGGGGCUGGCCUGCUGCCUGCUGCUGCUGCUGGGCGGCGGGGGGGGCCGGGGGACCGCCUGGGCGGGGGAGCAGGGCCCCGUGGCGGCGGGGGGAGCGUGGGGCGGGGCGAGGUACGAAGCCGUGAAGCAGCACUUGGGAGCCGUGGGGGCUCUCUCCGAGCGGUAUUGGCGGUACCUGGCCUGCAAGGUGUGGCAGGAGGGCUGCGAGGAGGAGGAGGGAGAGCCCGGCCCCAGCCCAGGCUGGAGCUUGCCUCUGGUGGGUCAGGAUUACCUGGCCAUCCUCUCUGCCUGGUACUGCAGCUUCAGCGAGUGCUGCAAGACGGGAGACUGCAGGAUCGUCAACAACAUCACAGGGCUGGAAGCAGACCUCGCCGGGCAGCUCCACGGGCAGCACGUGGCCAAAGAAGUGGUGGUGCGGGCAGUGCAAGGGUUCCUGCAGAGCCCGCGGCCGGAGAAGGCGCUGGUCCUCUCCUUCCAUGGCUGGUCCGGCACAGGCAAGAAUUUUGUGGCGCGGAUGGUGGCCAGUCACCUGUACCGGGAUGGGCUGAAGAGCAUGUGCGUCAAGACGUUCAUCUCGCUUUUCCACUUCCCCCAUCACACGUACAUGGACUCGUACAAGGCUCAGCUGGAGAAGCAGAUACGUGAGACUGUGCAGCUCUGCAGGCAGCCCCUCUUCAUCUUCGACGAGGCAGAGAAACUUCAUUUCAGCCUCCUGGACACCAUCAAGCCCUUCAUGGCUCACUACGACCACAAGGGCCAGGUGGAUUACCGGAGAUCCAUCUUCCUGUUCCUCAGCAAUCUCGGUGGGAACACCAUCAACGAGGUAGCCCUGGACUUCUGGCGAGCGGGCCGGGCGCGGGAGGAGAUCUCCGUGGAGUUCCUGGAGCAGCGGCUGCGGCUGGAGCUGCAGGAGCCUGCAGAGAACAGUUACGCCCGCAGCCACCUCAUCAAAGAGAACCUCAUUGACUUCUUCGUGCCGUUUCUGCCCCUGGAGUACCACCACGUGAAGCUCUGCGCACGGGAUGCUUUCCUGGCCCGUGGACUUCCAUACACCGAGGCAGCCCUGGAUGAGGUGGCCAGGAUGAUGGUGUUUGUCCCCAAAGAGGUGAAGCUUUUCUCCGCACAGGGCUGCAAAUCUAUAUCCCAGCGCAUCAAUUACUUCCUUCCUUGAAUACCACCAGGUGGGACUGCACCAGUGGUGAAGGUGGUGCCGCACAGUGGGUUACCCAGCCAGUGGGUUACCCAGCCGCGGCUUGCACAGGGACAGAGACUUAACCCCUUGUUACUCCGAGGGCUGUCUGCAGGGAAGGAGGCACCCCCCUGGGACACAGGGCAGCCUGCACCUGGCUGCCUUGGAAGCCCAUCCAGUGUUUCAAGGACCUUCUUUUAGCAGGUAGCAGCCUGAAGCGGUUGUGCUGACACUUUGUUUGGUGUGAGUGGGGAUGCCCAAAUCCUUGGUUCGUUAGCACGUCAUGAAGGUGGCCCUUGGACAGGCCGGUCCUGCUGAGGCAGUCCAGCAGAAGCCACAUCCUCAUCCCUGUCCCCGGUUUUCUCUGUCUCUUCACAUGAUUGCACAGAACUGUUUUGCUGGAGUUGGGGGGUUUUCUCUGUUGCUCUCCCACCUUCGCAAGGUGCCUGCUGCUGCUCAGGGAUGCGCACGCCAGGGCCGCGGUUUGUGCGGGGAGGCCCUUGUGUAGAGAAAAGGGUGGAAUGAUCUCCUCGGGAGGUGUCAGCUCCAUAGUCCCUCGCUUCAGUGUCCCUUCUCACUGGAGUCUUUCAUUCUAUGGAAGCAGCUGCGGGGAUGAGCUGAACUUCUGCCAAAAUUAUUUUUCUAAGCAGUUUGGCGAAAAGUCUGCUUGCUUCACUGCAAAAUGAAAAAAGCAGACACUAAUUCCCCUUUCAAGGCCAAAGGGUAGUUGAGGAGCAUGGUGGCUGAAGGAACAGGUUGCAGUUGAAUUCAGAUUUUUGGGGAUGUGGUAAACUUGGGGUUCUCUCUUUUCCUUCACCUUUCCCCUUUUCUCUCUCUCUCUCCUUUUCCCUUCUCUUUCCUUCCCCUUCCCCUUUUCUCUCUCCUUCCCCCUUCCCCCUCUCUCCUUUCCCCUUUUCUCUCUCUCCUUCCCCUCCCCUUUUCCCUCUUUCCCUUCUUUUUCUUUUCCUCUUACCUUUUGCUUUUCCCUUCUCUUUUUUUCCCUCCUUUUCCCCUUCCUUUUCCCUCCCCUUCCCUUUCCCCUCUCCCUCUCUUUUUUUUUCCCCUUCCCCCCCCCCUCUCUUCCUUUUCCCUCUCUCUGUGUUGCACGCUGUGGUGGUUUGGCUGGUGUCAGCGUUACCCCGCUGCAGGGCUGUUUGCUGUCUGGGUACUUGCCAGGCGAUAAGCGUGUUACAGCAGGACCAAAACAUCCUGCAGCCUUACGGGAACGGCUCUGUGACCUCUGGGUCAAAACUCCCUUCCAACACGGCGGUGCAGGGCGGCGAGGGGAGGCCGCGCACGCCAAGGCCAGGCUGGGCUCCCACCCGCGGCCCUUGGGUCUAUUUUAGGCUUUGUACCUCUCGGCGCUGCAGCAGAGCCCCUGGCAAAGCGCUGACCGGGCACACUGCCCAGGCGUGCCGGCUCUGAGCUCCACUCCCUGCGGGCACCGGCGGCUGCGGUCAGCCCGGACUGACCCCUUGUCUCCGGCCUGGCCCCGGGGCCCGUGCCAGCCUGGGCUGAUGGUUAAUCUCUUCACCACAAGCGUCAGGCCUAAAGCUCCAGCCCGAAACAGGUCGGCGGGAGCUGCGCCCCUGGGAAAUGUCGGUGGGCGCUGCGCCCCUCGGCGGGAGCUGCGCCCGUGGGUCAGGAUGCGGCCCCGCAGGGCACUGCACGGGCUGUGCUGUGUGACCUGGGCAGGCAGUUCGGACAGUUGUUAGUUAUUUGGUUGAAGGCUAUUUGCUUUAAAGGGUCUAUAAGCCAGGAUGACCUUAGACUUACUUUAGAUGACUUUUAGACUUACUUUUUUUAACUAGAGAAGUGUCUGUGCCCAGGUGAGGCUGGUGCUGCCUGGCGUGGCAGGGUGUCGCUUCGGCCAUUUCACCAGCUGGUAUGAAGUUGGCGUGUUAAGCGGUUCUCGCUCUGUCACUGAUUAAAGAGGUGGUGUCACUAAUGAGGGCAACUGUCAAACGGAUGAUGCAAGACCCUGCACGCUGUCAGGUCACAGGUGUAUGUUUCAGAAUUAAGUGAGCAUUUGAUUACGCAACCCCAGCAGCAAGAACCGCUCUCCUCUGACCCCCCACCAUGACAACAUUAAGUUUAAUUUAAGGCAUAAAUAAACUGCUUUUCUUUGAGAUCCAACAUAAUUAAAUUAUUUCUCUUUUAACAA